UCGCGUGCGCCGACCAGAGAGGAUAUUCAUCUGAGAAGGAGGAGGAGGAGGAGGAGCGUGACGCAGGAGGGUCGAGCGCUGUGUGGGUCUUCCAAAAAGCAUCUUUUGUGGGGAGCACUCUUGUACUUAUAAGGAGUUACCAUGACAGAUCGACACAAAUCAUCCUAAGGAGGUCUAGCGACCCACUUUCCACGUGUCGAGGGUCAUUUGACACAAAAGAGACACUUUUUUUUAAUCUAAGCUAAGUGGGAAUGCGUCCAACUUUAUGUGCUGAAUGCUGUCUGGGCUGACUUUGUGGUGCUGAAAGGACAGCAACAGAACUGUGGCAAGAGGAGCUGACCGGUGCUGAAGGCAAGAGCCCGACAUGAGGACAGAGAGUUUGGUGUUUCUUUGUUAAAAGGGAAGCGAGGAUUUCACGAAACAAGACAUUAACGCAGCCAGAAGCUUAUUAUUUUUAACCAUCCACAGCUCUGCAGGACUUCCAUCAGCGAAGCUGAACAACAACAUAACAAACGCUGCCACUACUCCAGGAAUGUUCCCUUUACCAUUACGACUGUUUGCUGGGAGCUAAAACUUUUUCAUUCACUUAAAGUGAGAGUACGAGUGUGCGUGUGUGUAAAGAGCAAGAGCAACCGCCGUACCAACAUGCCUCGCUCUUUCUUGGUGAAGAAAGUCAAGCUGGAUGACAUUUCGGCUGCUGAGCUGGACAGCUCGUAUUGUCACAGCCGAAGAGGAGAACUGAGCUUGCGAUUCCAUCAUCACGAUAAAGGUUACGUGCGGGAUUAUCUGACCCCCUCCCCUUAUGACGAGGUGGUGGUCAGCGACUCUUCCGCCAUCUCCAAAGUGCCCUCCCCGAGUCACCCGUCCAUCAUCUACAGCCGCAUCGACAACGCCUACAGCGGCAUCCAUGGCGACAUCCACGGUGAUUCCGACCAGCCGGACAGCCCCAGGUCAGAGGUGUCCUCGUCAGCCAGUGGCUACAUCAACGGGGACGCCGCCGUCAGCGAGGGGUACACGGUAGACGCAUUUUUCAUAAUGGACGGGCGGUCGAGGAGGAAGGGUGCCACCACCCCCAGGGGGGCCCCGCAGAGGCACUCGUGUAGCGAGUGUGGCAAGACCUACGCCACGUCAUCCAACCUGAGCCGGCACAAGCAGACGCACCGCAGCAUGGACAGCAAGAUGGCCAAGAAGUGCCCCACGUGCGGCAAGGUCUACGUCUCCAUGCCGGCCAUGGCCAUGCACCUGCUCACCCACGACCUCAAGCACAAGUGCGACGUGUGCGGCAAGGCCUUCAGCCGCCCGUGGCUGCUGCAGGGCCACAUGCGCUCGCACACCGGCGAGAAGCCCUUCGGGUGCGCGCACUGCGGCAAGGCCUUCGCCGACCGCUCGAACCUCCGCGCUCACAUGCAAACGCACUCGGCGUUCAAGCACUACAAGUGCAAGCGCUGCGACAAGACGUUUGCUCUCAAGAGCUACCUGAACAAGCACUACGAGUCGGCGUGCUUCAAGGGGGCUUUCUCCCCACUCAGCUCAGUGGGGGAGUGACUUUCAUCCUUCCACUUGCUCCCUAAUUCACCUCCUUGUCCCAACAGCGGUAUGGCUGCGGAGAAAACCAGAACAUUGCUUCCAAAUGUGGACUCACUCACAACUUCCUGCUCUUCUGAAGCUGCAAAAGAUAAAUAAAGCACUGAACAUCUAACUCAUCAUUUCCAAGACACCUCCAUCUAUUUAUGGCCACAUUCCUCCUCACAGGGGACACAAGCAAGCACAAUUCCUCUCCUUGUCGCCUGACAACCCGUCUAAAAGCGCCACCUGCGUCUUCACUCAUCAUCGUGCAAAAGAGAUUAUAUGGACUUUCAGACAUUGUUCAGAAUUUAAGGAGCGAUUUCACCAUCCGGGACUUGAACUCACUCGCAAAAACAGACGACGUAAAACUGCACUGCAGCAAUUUGACAGGUGCCAGGAAGGCCACGACGACGUCUUGAAAUGGCACGGGUGCUGCUUCUUGAGUUAAGGAGUCAAACAAAAACCACCAGGGUAUUUUUUUGUUCCUAUAAACAAAUGACAACACAAUUUUAGCUGCCAAUGUAAGUCGAAGCUCCAAGACAUUGAAAAUGUCCUCCUCUGAAAGGUCAAACCUUUUAGGAUAGUUGUAAAAUAGCAUCGCCACACAGCAGUCAAUAUCAUGUCUAUUUAUUGCUAUUUAUUUGAUUUAUCUUAUUUAUUUGCACUUUAUUUAUUUUUGCCUUCUGUUUCAAAUAUGCCAAAGCAUUUGACACUUUGACUUUUUGCUUCACUUCAAAGACAACUGCAUGCAAAAAAGGGAACGCCCAGCAAAGGGAAACUAUGCCAAUUUUAUCAAUCUUUUGCAGAUUAGUUGUUUUUUUUUCAUAUCCAAUAGAGCAGGGGUGUUCAAAGUGUGGCCCAGGGGCGCUUUGAAUAGUCUAAAAAUCACAUGAAUGCAUUAUUAAUGGGAUAUAUGAUUAGAUAUUACACUCGUUUGCUUUGUCACCUGUAACACAAAGCUAAAAUGUGGAUGUUUUGCUCAGAUAUCAGAGAAUACAGUAUAUUGACCUACACUUAGCAUCUUGAAUGAACAAAAUGCAUCAAAGUGGCCCCGUGCAUUCAAUUUUUCUGUACGCUUGGACACCCCUGUGAUAGAGCAAUAAUGAAAUUCAUAUCUGCAUUUGUUUAUUCUUCCAAACACCACUAUUGUGUGUAUGUAGUGAUGAGACAUGAAAUAUCAGGGAGUUAGCAAACCAUGGAGGCUAUAUUUAUAUUUGCUGGGAUUCUUUGAGGCCUUCUCCAUUGAGGUGAGUCCUUUCGGAAGUUACCAUUUUAGGGAUUUGGGUAGCUCGUCGACAGUUACGCAUGAGUUUAGGCACAACUGCUUCAGACGGAGGGCUGCAGGUGUUCUUUUGUUUUGUUUUUUGUACAUGGUUUUUAUGCACUGCCUGCCUUGUAUUAUUCUUAAAGUAUUGUAGAAAGUAGAAGGUACGACUGUACUGUAGGCCUCUGGUGCUGUAAUAUUGACAAUGGCCCAUGUUUGGGCUGUGACCUUUGCUGUAUUGAUACUUCAAUCAACGGCAUUGUUUGAUUUACUGUAUAGAACAACUUUUUAAGAAUGCGUAACAUCUGUUGCUGAAGGGGGUCCGGUCCCUAAGAGGAGUCAAAGGAGGUCAAGAGUUGCGUGUCAGAAGGCAAGAAAAGUCAACUUUCCCUCUGCGCAUGCUGCGGCAAAGCCUUAGAAAGUCAAAAGAAAAGAUGUUUGUUCAAUCGUUCAGCACCAGAGAGCACCGACAAACACUUUAGACGACACACUACAAGCUACUGUAGCCUACUAUAGCCACAAGCUAGUUUAUCUAUUCUUAUAUAAAAGCACUUCCUCUUAACGAUUUCUUUUUCCUCUCCAAGUGAGUAAGUAGCACAAUGAAAGAAGAGUUUAGAUUCAGGUAGACGAUGCCUUUGUUUGUAGAAAUAAUUCUUAUAAUAAUCUGCUUUUUUUUCUAUUGUGAUGCAUCCAGAUGUGACAUCAUGAGAAUAAAAAUGAUGAAGAUGUUGAAGAUGAUGCUCUAAAAGGACGUUUUACGGUGUGAGCAAAUCUCGCUCACCUCUUUUUUUUCCCCCCUUUUCUAGAGCAGAUGAUAUUUUGCGGCAAGAGGCCUUGUAAAUAAGCACUGAGUGGAUUAUUUCUACUAUUGUACAGAGUGAUGGGUGAUGAUGAUGACUUUCAGGAGCUUCCCACUUUGUUUUUCUUCCUCUGGGGUG